AGGCCCCUAGGGUCCAUUGCGUACAUGUCAGUCACAUCGGCUUGGCGUAGGCUUCUCUUGUUGACCAACAACAACCCAACAAACUUGAGAAAUGGCACCCAAGAAGGCCAAGAGGAGGCAGCAGCAGGGUGAGGGUGGAUCCUCCAACGUGUUCUCCAUGUUUGAGCAGAGCCAGAUCCAGGAGUACAAGGAGGCUUUCACAAUCAUCGACCAGAACAGAGAUGGCAUCAUCAGCAAGGACGACUUGAGGGAUGUGCUGGCCACCAUGGGCCAACUGAACGUGAAGAAUGAGGAGCUGGAGGCCAUGGUGAAGGAGGCCAGCGGCCCCAUCAACUUCACCGUCUUCCUCACCAUGUUCGGCGAGAAACUGAAGGGCGCUGAUCCCGAGGACGUUAUCGUGAGCGCUUUCAAGGUCCUGGACCCCGAGGCCACUGGCUCCAUCAAGAAGGAAUUCCUUGAGGAGCUCCUGACCACCCAGUGCGAUCGGUUCACCGCUGAGGAGAUGACCAACCUGUGGGCUGCCUUCCCCCCUGAUGUGGCUGGCAAUGUGGACUACAAAAACAUCUGCUACGUCAUCACACACGGAGAGGAAAAGGAAGAGUAAAACUUACCUUUCUGCAAAAACCUCCGCCUUAACCCGCCUUACCCAAGCAAAACACACCAUCAACUCUCUCCGACGCACACGCACCCACCUAGCCUACUCGUUCCUCUCGCCAGCUAACUCCGGGAAAGAGACUCCUUUUUAUCGAGGACUUGAAGGUCGUGGUGGUGUUUGUGUGUGAGUACCAACAACAGGGGAACAUGAUUAUUUUCAAAUAAAAAAAAAUAAUCUUGUGACAUUGAAAUGAAACACUUUCUUUCUCUCUCUCCAUCUCUGUCCCAUGCCUCUUUGACCUUUGACCUUUAUCCAUUCUGUCCAUGCGUGUUGAGGCUGGCAGUGCAUGCAUCAUACCUACAAAAUGUCAUGUAUGCAUAUGCAGUCCAGUGUAUACUGUGGCCUUUUAGAAUGUACGUAUCUUGGGUGCUGUGAUGCAUGCAAAGUCGUUUACUUGAAACAAGUAAACAGCCUGACCCCCCCAUUUUGGUCUGUUAGCCUCAACCUUGCAUACAGUUUUUAAUGGAUUCCUCCUUUUUUUGUGACAGAGAAGAAUGUGCACUAGAAUAGUCUGCCAACUUUUCUCUUUUACAGUUAGGAAGUACUAAAACUGCGGGGAUUUUAUGAAUUUUUGCAGUUUUAAAUGAACAUAAAGGACAGAGAUGGUGAAAGAUGAGGAAGGAGGAAGGGGGGGGGGCUGGAAAGUAAAAGUUUCUUCUUGCCCUCUUGCUGCUGCUGUUGUGACUGUCUGUUUCUCCACUGUAACAAAGAAAGAAGUACAAAUAAAUCCACUAUCUUUCGUACAAUAUUGUGUCUUUUGGUUUAAAAUU